AUAACCGCUAUUUUCAAGUUGACACUCCCUGAUAUUCAUUUGUUUAUUUACCACAGCGUCCUGCACUUGUUCCCGUGGUCCGGUAUCAUCGACGAUAACCAGGAGCUGAGCACUACGUUCAGGGUGCCCGACCUAAAAACGGGCCGGAUGACCAGACUGAUAACUCAGCUGUCGACGAAAGAGGAGGAGAUGUUCCGGAACAUGAUCAGGAGGGUGAACACCAUUGUCAAAGCAGCCCAGGAGAUGGACGUGCGCAUCAUGGUGGAUGCCGAACAAACCUACUUCCAGCCGGCCAUCACGCGGAUCACGUUGGAGUUCAUGAGGAAGUACAACAAAGAUAAAGCGAUAGUCUUCAACACGUACCAGUGCUACCUUAGAAACGCCCUGUCAGAGGUGACAACCGAUUUGGAACAGGCCAAACGUCAGAACUUCUUCUUCGGGGCAAAGCUCGUGCGUGGCGCCUAUCUCGAACAG